AUGAUGCUUUGCGAUCUAUUGCCCGAAUCAACCACUUUCGUCCAUCAUCUGUUGAUGGAGAAAAAAUUGAGUGUGAUAAUUCCAAAUGGUGGUAGCUAUCUCAUGAAAAUUUCUAUUGGCAACCCACCAGUUGAAAGUCUAGCCGUUGCUGACACAGGAAGUGAUCUUGUGUGGAUCCAGUGCGCACCUUGUGACAAUUGCUAUGCUCAAGAUAGUCCCAUCUUUGAUCCGGUGAAGUCUUCUACUUACAUGGAUCUUCCUUGUGACUCAAGUUCUUGUCAAGCUCUACCAAGUUCUCAGUGUGGCACUACAAAUAAUGAAUGCCAAUACAGAUAUAGGUAUGGAGAUAGAUCAUAUACCAUUGGAGUCCUAUCCACAGAUACCUUCACAUUUGAUUCCACGAAUGCUCGGGCCACUGCAUUUCCAAAUUCUGUAUUUGGAUGUGGACACAACAAUAGUGGAACUUUCACUAGCCGUGGCUCCGGACUUGUCGGUCUCGGGGGCGGACCCCUGUCGCUGAUUUCUCAAUUGAGUGCUGAAAUUGAGCAGAAAUUCUCGUACUGUUUGUUGCCAAGGACAGCGAACUCCGCCACCGUAAGCAUAGGGAGCAACAGGAUACCAUACAAUCAGAUGGAGGGUAAUAUAAUUAUUGAUUCAGGAUCAACAUUGACUAGUUUGGAGUCAAAUUUUUACAGUGAACUUGAAGCCGCGGUGAAAGAAAGCAUUAGUCUAAACACAGUACAAGAUCCACGGGGAAACUACAGAUUGUGUUAUGAUUCAACUUCCUUCAGUACGGCUCCUGAGACACCAAUACUUUUCCAAUUUACUGGAGCUGACAUUACUUUGAAGACAAUUAAUACCUUCGUAGUUUUGGAUGGUAUUACUUGCUUGGCAAUCAUCCCUUCAAAUGAUCUCAAUAUCUUUGGUAACGUUGCUCAGAUUAACUUCCAAGUGGGCUACGACCUUGCAAAAAAGCAAGUCUCUUUCGCUCCAGCAGAUUGUACUCAAUAUUAG